AGCCACGUCUUCAUUAUGAAGCCGUUACCUGGCUGAGUGAGAGGAGAGCUGACGGUUCGACCCACGGAGAAAAUGACAUCGUUUAAACCGUUCAUUUGGGAGACGCCUAGUUAAAAAAAUGUUUGAUAUUAGACCGGAGAAACAUCAUCAAAUUGAGGUUAACGUCGUUCUCGCAAUGUAGGUGCUUUGCUUUUUCCGUGGGGACAACGUUGAUAACGCGACAGCAAGCUAACUUAGCUAGCUACACGUCGCAUGCGUCUUAGUAGGUUGUAGCGUGCUGUGUCAGGGCCAUGGCAUUGAAGGACAAGCUGGAAGCGGUGCUGAACGUGGGGCUGCGUGUCCCCAGCAUCAUGCUGCUGGAGAUACUCUACCGCUGGGAUGUCAGCUCCUUCUUCCAGAAGAUCCAGAGGAGCAGUCUCAACAACAACCCCCUCUUCCAGUACAAGUACCUGGCUCUCUACCUGCACUAUGUAGGUUACAUCCUCAGCCUGGUGCUCCUGACUCUGCCUCGUCAACACCUGGUGAAGCUCUACCUGUACGUGCUAACUGCCCUGCUGCUCUUCGCUGGACACCAGGUGUCCAGGGAUUAUGUCCGCAGUGAGCUGGACUCUGGGUACGAGGAACCGCUCUACCUGGAGCCACUGUCCAUGAACCGCUUCUCUACCGCCCUCAUAGCUCAGCUGGUGGUGUGCACCCUGUGCUCCUGCGUCAUGCAGACCAAGAGGAUCUGGCUGUUCUCUGCUCACCUGCUCCCCCUGGUGGCCCGUCUCUGUCUGGUCCCCCUGGAGACCAUCGUGUUCAUCAACCGCUUUGCCAUGAUCUUCACGGGCCUCGAGGUCAUCUACUUCCUGGCCUCCAACCUGCUGGUGCCCUACAACCUGGCCAAGACCGCCUACAGGGAGCUGGUGCAGGUGGUGGAGGUGUACGGGCUGCUGGCUCUGGGGAUGUCCCUGUGGAACCAGCUGGUUCUGCCCGUCCUCUUCAUGUGCUUCUGGUUGGUUCUGUUCGCCCUGCAGAUCUACAGCUACUUCAGUAGCCGGGACCAGCCCACCUCCAGAGAGCGGCUGCUCUUCCUGUUCCUCACCAGUAUUGCAGAGUGCUGCAGCACCCCCUACUCCCUGCUGGGCCUGGUCUUCACUGUUUCCUUCGUGGCCUUGGGUGUCCUCACCCUCUGCAAGUUCUACCUGCAGGGCUACCGAGCCUUCAUGAAUGACAACACCAUCCACCGGGGGAUGACAGAGGGCAUCACGUUACUGAUCCUGGCUGUCCAGACAGGUCUGAUUGAACUGCAGGUCAUCCACCGAGCCUUCCUCCUGAGUAUCAUCCUCUUCAUCGUGGUGGCCUCCAUCCUACAGUCCAUGCUGGAGAUAGCUGACCCCAUUGUACUGGCUCUAGGGGCCUCCCGGGACAAGAGCCUGUGGAAGCACUUCCGGGCCGUGAGUCUCUGCUUGUUCCUGCUGAUCUUCCCAGCCUAUAUGGCCUACAUGAUCUGCCAGUUCUUCCUCAUGGACUUCUGGCUCCUCAUCAUCAUCUCCUCUAGCAUCCUCACCUCACUGCAGGUGCUGGGUACCCUGCUCAUCUACAUCUUGUUCAUGGUGGAGGAGGUACGUAAGGAGCCCGUACAGAACAUGGACGACGUCAUCUACUACGUGAACGGAACCUACCGGCUGCUGGAGUUCCUGGUGGCGCUCGUGGUGGUGGCCUACGGCGUGUCAGAGACUGUGUUCGGGGAGUGGACAGUGAUGGGCUCCACCAUCAUCUUCAUUCACUCCUACUACAACGUCUGGCUGCGCGCCCAGCUGGGCUGGCAGAGCUUCCUGCUGCGCAGAGAAGCCGUCAACAAGAUCAAGAGCCUUCCCACCGCCUCUGACCUGCAGCUGAAGAAGUACAACGACAUCUGCGCCAUCUGCUAUCAGGACAUGACGUCUGCUGUCAUCACCCCUUGCAGCCACUUCUUCCACGCUGGCUGUCUCAAGAAGUGGCUUUAUGUACAGGAGACCUGCCCCCUCUGUCACAAACAGCUGAAGAGCCAAUCACAGCCUGCCAGUGCCACCGCAGUACCCGCCCAGGACAUUCUACCAGCCAAUCCCAACCCAGCAGAGGCUGGGCAAGGAGAGCCAGUGGCUGUUGAGGGGGACAAAACCGUUACUCAGAACGGUGUUCCUGUUGAAGGGAGCCAAGCCAGCCCCUCUGCUAACCCUAACCUAGAGCUUGAGGGCAAGGCAGAGGAGAAUGCCCCGGGCCCCCAGCAGGCUGACACAGUGGACAGUGUGUAUUUGGAGGGCCAGGUGGCCGGUCUGUCACAGGGCUCGGGGGAGUCAUGUCUCCGGCAUCGCCAGCCCCAGCAGUCUGCCUCUUCACCAGCAGCAGCAACAUCCUCAGCAUGUAGAGCUGAACUCUAGUCAGAACGGUCUGCCAGCCCCUGCUGCCUCUGAACCUCACUCCUGCAUACUACCACCUCACACACAGCUAAAGACUAAGUAACCAAGAUGGAGGUUGCUGGUUAACUGUUGGACUGACUUGCCACUAUCCAACACCUCCCCAUUAAUGAACUCAUCUAUUUGUUGGCCUGUUUCUUAGAUUUUGUUUUUUAAACUCAUUAACAUUUCAUGGUUAUUAAUCCUAUAGGAUUGUAUGAAAUCUGAUGCAGACUUUAGUAAUGUUUUGAUUCUGAGAUGCCAUGCUGAACAUUACAUUUCACUGUUGAGAAAUAUGCAUUGACUUCUCCCACUUGUUGACAAAAUACGUAAGUAGCCUUGUGUGAGCCAGAACCACCACAGACCAUAUCACCUCCACUCAUGGCAGCAGAUCUCUGUCUCUGUAGCAUGAGGCAGGUUGAUGUACGAGUACACACCCUGGACGGGACUCUAGUCCAGGGGUCGGCAACCCUGUGCCUGCGGCCCUCCAGGACCGUCAUGUUGUUUUAACCCACCUGGAAGACCAGGUGUGUUGAAUUUAGUCAAUUACUGAAGUGAUUCGUUAGCUCAGUUGGUCAGGUGUGGUGCCUAGUUGGAACAACACACUACAGUACCUGCACACUUCAGAAACCGGGUUGCCUCCCCUCUCCACUAGUCUAUCUGGGGGCCUUACCUCCAAUCUCUCUCUUUAACACGGAGUCUUAAGUAGAUGCAAAUUGGGUCCCAUUUCUUCAGUCUCUGGUAGGACUGGGCCGGGAUUGAACUCACAACCUAACGAUUUCGGGGUGGAAACUCUAAACACAAGGCCACUGAGAUGAACAACAAAAUGCAGCUUUGAAGUUGAGUUGUAUUCUACUGUACAUCCAUUAAACAGCAGACAACUCAGCCACAGCAUUUUGUAGUUUCAUUAAUGCGCAUUCAACAUCCAAUAUUUUCCAAUUGAGCUGUGAUUCAAGACCAGUGUUAAUUAUAUCAAGGGAUAUGACCCUCUGUAGGUUACUAACGUUAGCACCCCCCCCCCCCGGCCUGCCCUGUUUGGGCCUGAUAAUCUGUUACACAACCUGAAUGUUACCACGUCCAGGGACGGGGCAGGCUGGUGUGUAGGUGGAAGACACCAAUGCUCCCUGUGUGUGUGUGUUUCGAUUCAAUUCAUUCAUACUGAAGAGAACAGACCCAUGUGGCGCUUUAUAUACGUUUAGGCUUGAACGCAGUCGCCGUCCGACAGCCAUGGGAACUUUAUUUACAUGAUAUGUAAUGGAGCCAUCUGCACUGUCAUUUAUAGCGACGCUCCAAUGUUGUCUUUGUCAGGUACCAAAUAGUUUUUGGUAUGUAUGAGAAAAAGCCCUAUAUAAAUGUGUGUUUAUAAACAUGUAUAUUGUAUCUGAAGAGGAAUUUUGAUAUGCCUGCCAUUCAGUGUUAAAGCUGAACCUCCCCCAGUAUGACGUGAUCAGAGGCUUGUGUGAUCACUAGUAACCCUUUCGGUUGAAGUGUGAAGAGAGCUGAUCACCGAUUGAGGGAGUUACCAGCGCUGAAUUGACCUAAAACAGUAUUAUUUGUCACAAUUUUGAGAAUGAAUACAUGGUAUUAUGUAUGAUCAAACUUGUCAAAUGUUCCAUCAAUGAAUUGGUGGCUUUUGGACAUUUUCUUGAGUCUGUAUUGGGAGAAACGGCUAAGAGUGUACAGUAUUUUACAUACAUCAUGACAUCGACAUUUUGAAGAGGACUUUUAGCAUUUGAAAUGCAUUCCUAUUUGGAAUGGAAUGUUUCUUUUGAGAAGACCUACAAAUUAAUUUUUGUUUUAUUUUUUAGAAUACAAAGAAUGACAUGCUCUGUGAAUGCUGAUUUCCAGUCAAAUUGUUUUGGUAAGAAAUUUGCCUGGUGUUGCCUUUUUUUAUUUUACAAAACUGCUGAAUGUCAAAUUCUACAAUCUAAUUUUAACCUGCAUAUUCUGCAGUCUUUUUGUGUUAGUGAUUUUGAAUGUUAUAGAUGGUGAUGGAUUGGCCACAACUUCCAACAUCACCAUGCAAGCUCUAUCCUGGAACCCACAAGCCUUCCAUUGUGAAUAAGAAUUUGCUCUUAAUUAACUUGCCUAGUUAAAUAUAAAUAAAACCCACAAGGGCUCCUGCGUGGAGCAGUGGUCUAAGGGGCACUGCAGCUCAGUGCUUGAGGCGUCACUACAGACACCCUGGUUUGAUCCUGGGCUGUAUCACAACCUGCCGUGAUUGGGACUCCCAUAGGGUGGCGCACAAUUGGUCCAGGUUUGGCCGGUGUAGGUCGUCAUUGUAAGUAAGAACUUGUUCUAAACUGACUUGCCUAGUUAAAUAAAGGUUCAAUCAAAUAAAUGAAAAGGCCACAGGGGUGGAAGGUGGAGACAAAUGUCAAGAGAACUGGCAUGGGGUGGAAGGUGGAGGCUGAUGUCAAGAGAACUGGCAUGGGGUGGAAGGUGGAGGCUGAUGUCAAGAGAACUGGCAUGGGGUGGAAGGUGGAGGCUGAUGUCAAGAGAACUGGCAUGGGGUGGAAUUAGCUGGAGAAAAAUACCCAGAUCAGUGUGAUCUGGGUAGAAGGUGACGUAAGAUUUGAGGGAGGAGAGGAUCUUCUCUGACCACCCAGGUUUUUGGAGCCUGUUCUGGCACCGCAUUAAAGUUUGUCAAGUCUG